GGGGGAACGUUGCGCCGCUCGCUCGCUCGCUGCCGGAGCCGGGGACGAUGCAGGCGGAGUCGGGGAUCGUGGCGGACUUCGAGGUCGGCGAGGAGUUUCACGAGGAGCCCAAGACCUACUAUGAGCUGAAGAGCCAGCCCCUGAAAAGCAGAGUGCUUUACCAACAAUAAACUUCACAGCAUCCAUCUGGGUCAAGUACAUAUUGUAAUCCAUAUGAUGGGGAGAAACAAGAUAAGGGGAUGUUAAAUAACUUGCCAAGGACACUAUGGGAGCAAGUAUCCAUGCAAGGAAAGGAAGUUGAGAAGUUUUCAGCUUUCAGUCCCAAGAUCGGACUACUAGAACAUGCCUCCUUUUGGGCAGCUUUGUCUUGUGGAGCAAGAAAUAAGACUGAAAGCUCUUCAUCAUACGGAUCAUCUUCUCUGUCUGUAAAGCACCGACCACGAUGGGGCCCUGAACCUUCACUAGGUUUCCAAGGUGCUAUAGCGGUACAAAUACAUAACGAUGAUAGUGGGAAAACGUUGACAUAUCAAGUACAACUUCAGAUUUUAAGCAGUUCCGAGCAUCCUGGAGCUUCCAAGCCUCCCCUAAGCUCCUCCAGUAUGACAUCACGGAUUUUGUUACGACAGCAGCUCAUGCGUGAGCAGAUGCAGGAGCAAGAGCGUCGAGAGCAGCAACAGAAGCAGCAAGCAGCCCAGUUCAUGCAGCAGAGAGUACCACUCAGUCAGACACCAGCCAUCAACGUCAGCGUCCCCUCUAACCUGCCCCCUCCUACCCAGGUGCCAAUGGAAGUCCUCAAGGUGCAGACUCACCUUGAAAAUCCAACCAAGUACCACAUUCAGCAAGCCCAACGGCAGCAGGUAAAGCAGUACCUUUCUACCACUCUAGCAAAUAAACAUACCAACCAAGCUCUGAGCUUGCCCUGUCCAAACCAGCCUGGUGAUCAUGUCAUGCCACCUGGAACUGGAAGCAGCGCACCGAACAGUCCAAUGGCUAUGCUUACACUUAACUCCAACUGUGAAAAAGAGGGAUUUUAUAAAUUUGAAGAGCAAAGCAGGGUGGAGAGCGAGUGCCCGGCUCUGAACACACACACGCGAGCGUCAUGCAUGCAGAUGGAUGAUGUAAUUGACGACAUAAUUAGCUUGGAAUCAAGUUAUAACGAAGAAAUCCUUGGCCUGAUGGAUCCUGCCCUGCAAAUGGCCAAUACGUUACCCGUAUCUGGCAAUUUGAUUGACCUUUAUGGCAACCAAGGCAUGCCUCCUUCAGGGCUGAACGUCAGCAACUCGUGUCCAGCUAAUCUUCCCAAUAUAAAAAGGGAGCUCACAGCGUGUAUUUUUCCUACAGAGUCAGAAGCAAGGGCGCUGGCUAAAGAGAGGCAGAAGAAAGACAAUCACAACUUAAUUGAACGAAGGAGAAGAUUUAAUAUUAACGAUCGCAUUAAAGAAUUAGGCACGUUGAUACCAAAAUCAAAUGACCCGGACAUGCGCUGGAAUAAGGGCACUAUUUUAAAAGCGUCAGUGGACUAUAUCCGCAAACUGCAGCGAGAACAACAACGCACAAAAGAACUUGAGAACAGGCAGAAGAAACUAGAACAUGCCAACAGACAUCUACUGCUCAGAAUACAGGAACUUGAGAUGCAGGCUCGAGCACACGGACUUUCCCUUGUCCCAUCUACAGGCCUUUGCUCACCAGAUGUGGUAAACCGGGUCAUCAAGCAAGAACCGGUCAUUGACAACUGCAACCAAGACGUAUUGCAGCACCGCUCAGAUUUAUCUUGCACGACUACCCUCGAUCUUACUGAUGGUACCAUAACUUUCAAUGAUAACCUAGGAACCUACAGUGUCCCCACAAAAGCGGGAUCCAAACUGGAAGAUAUUUUGAUGGACGAUACUCUCUCCCCUGUAGGAGUUACUGACCCACUCCUUUCCUCAGUAUCUCCUGGAGCUUCAAAAACAAGUAGCAGAAGAAGCAGCAUGAGCAUGGAAGAUACUGAUCAUGCUUGUUAGCAGAUAAUUGGCAUGGCCUCUCAUAAACUGCUUCAUUUCUUAAUCAGUAGAUUAAAUAAUUUACAUUUUUAGGUUUUUUGAUUUUCUUUAAUAUUAAAUCUACUUGUGCUUCAUCAGUAGCCCAGUAUAUAUAUUAUAUAUAUAUUUUUGAAUUUUGUGAAAAGACUUUGUAUAUUCUAUUUUAAAAGUACCAAUGCCUCCAAAAUAUUGUACAACCUAUGUACAGUAUUUGUGAACUGGAUUCGCUAAGAACUUUGAACUGGUCAAAUCUACUCAAAGCAAUAGAAUUACAAAUCAAAACAGUCUGUUUCUAUUCAGGGGAAACUAACAAGUUAUUUACUUGGAAACUAAAUGUAAAGCUAAAAAAAAAAGAAGAGAGAGAGAGAAUGUGAAGAAACCAAAAAUAUCCACUUUGUAACCAUGUUGUGUUGAUUUAAUAGUGCUGCCUUAAAGAUACAGUAUCCGUCACACUUAGUUUAGUCUUUAGAUCACAAGAUGUUUAAAAUAAAUCACUAUUCUACUUUAAUAAUAAUAAUUAAUAAUAAAACUAGCAUUAACACAUACUGAUUGUGUUGAUUCCAAUAUGAAAUGUUCCUGACAAUGAUGCUAGAAAUGAAGGAGUGUGUGCAGGGAGGCAUGAAUCUGUCUCAGUUUCUUGGAGUGUUGUUAUUCUUACUCUCAACUGAAAGGGUUUCCCUUCUUCUCCCACUUCAAGCUUUUCUUUAAAGGCUUUUAUUUUGGAAAGGACACUUAGAAUUGUUCAUCGACAGUAAAACAGACAGGAGCACUGUAAUCUGGUAUACAUUUUCAGACAAAAUUCAAUACAUUUUAUCAACUGGGCACAUUUUGUUGUAUAUUUCUAACUGGCCUUACAUUUUAUUUUUUUUUAAGCGUUGUACAGGUUUUUCAUUUGCAUGGAUUCUUUAGUUAUCCUCAUGUUUUUGUUUUGUUUUUUAAAUAUAGCUGUAUUUCAUUUAUAAGAAUAUGCCUCUUAAUAUUGCAACAAUUUUUUGACAUGUUUAAAACUCACUGGAGGUUUUCUGCAUUCUUUGUAAACACUUGAAAGGAAGCUUUUAUGCAGGAGAAUAUUUUGUAUAUUACAGUCUCACUUUGGAAAUAUUUUUAAACACAAUUUAAGGUGUAGUACAAAUUUAGACUAGGUAAUAAAACAAAGCUCUGUAGAGACAAUGAACUUACAUAUUUAUUUUUUAGUGAUACAGAAAGAAUAAUAAUAUGCUUGAAGCCUAAUAACUAUAUAGUUAAUAUGCCCCUUAGAGUAAUUAAUUUGGUGUUUUAUUUCAGCAAUAUGGCUGGUUUAAAAAGAGUAAAUUUACUGUAUCUUAAAAUAACUGUUACUUUAUAACCAUCGUAUUAAUUUAACUUGCAACAAUGUUGUAAAAGUAGUUUUGGUGCAUUAUCUACGCAAGUGUAGUCCUAUGCAAUAACAGUAGUUAUAAUCGUAUUCUAUCAAACCUAGAUGUUUUACAAAGAUGACAGAUGGUGUUAUGAGCCAGAUCGACUGGAUUUCUCCGUAGCAGCCUACAGUUGAAAUGUAUCAGAAAAGCAUCUCAUUCAGAAUGAAGUGCCUUAAAUUGUAGUAGUAGUCUUUUUGGACUAGCACUGACUGAAGUGUGGCAUAGAAGGAAGUUUUGGGGUGAUAUUUAUAGGAAAUCUGAGUGUAGCCUGGUGCCCUAUGUAGAAAACAAGAGCGUCCCAUUCUCUUUGUGCUAUACUGGAAAGAUAUGUAUAAUAUAUAAAAAUUUAAAUCUUGUUUAGUGAUUGAGUGCCAACAUGGCAGACUUGAUCAAGAAAACUUGGUCAUGGCGGUCUAAUAGUGUUCCGAAAUCAAAUGUGAAUAUAGUGAUGAUGAAAGACAGAGGACAAAACGUCAGGCGUUUUAGUGGAAGGUUCAUACUGAUGGAUGCUGCAUCUUUCACAUAUACUUUCGAUUAUGAAAAAUCCUUGAAACCACUGGUGCCCAGUCCUGCUCUCAUGGAAGCCAAUGGGAGUUUUUUGUUUGACAAUGGGAGUGCAUGACUGGGCCUGUUAUCAGCUCUGCUGCUUUCUAUUCUGGUACUUGGGGUGGAUUGGGGCUUAGAGAGGGAACUCUCCUAUGUGGCCGAUAUGGAAGAAUGGUCUAGUUUACUAUGUAGUCCUGCCUUGAGUGCAGGACACCUGACCAUGACCCCUCGAGGUCCCUUCCAGUUCUAUGAUUCUAUAGUCUUGACAUUCUUUCUUAUAUUUGUAUAGCUCUUUCACCGGUUAGUUAUGCAGUUCUUUGUUUCUGCUUGAAUAGCUAACUGUAUAUUCGCUUUGAUAAUCACCAGAUUUGUCACUUUGGGGGGGCGGGGGUGCAAGGGUCAGCUCACAGUGUUACAACAAAUGCCUGUUCUUCCUAGCCUGUUUUUUGGACAGGUUUUUUUUUUUGUAUCUGUAACGCCAGUGGUUUCCAAACUGUGACCCAGAGGCAGUGCACAUGUGUCUCCAGCAUUGCGUAUUGCAGCCCAUCACCAUACUCAGCAAUGCAGUUAAGAUGCUCAUAUAUCCUGGGUGGCUCUUGGCACAGCAGCUGUGCCACAGUUUAGCAACUAUGCAUGCAGUCACUUGCUCCUGUUGUUGCAAUACCUUAACGGUGACAGAUGAAGGAAAUAACAGCAAAAGAGUGGCUAUAGCUCUAAUGCAAGGUCAUAUAUUCCCCUUCAGAGUAAAAGGGUGAGCAAAGGCCAGAGAGCUGCAGCAAUUGGACAAAAAUGGGAUGCACAAGGUCAUUUGGGUGUUGUAACCAGAAAAAUCCAUUCAAGAUGGUAGCCAACACGGCAUCCAGUUUGGAGCUAUGUAGAAGUGGGGCCUGGAUGUAGGGUAUGCAAAUAUGCAUCAUGCUUAUUUGAGCCCUCUGUGAACUAAAAUGAAACCCUGAUCCCCUGCCCUCAUGCGAUUUGUAGAUGGUCCCCGUAUGCUUAGAAAUUGACAAAAAUACGAUUCCUUACCAAGAUCUGGAUUUCUCUGGAUGAACAUUACUAUGGCCCCCAGCAGCCAUAUUGUGCUGUCUGUAAAGAUAGCACACUGUACGUAACACUCAACGUUGGCCUUUUCCUCAUCUCCUCUUACGCGUCCUUGGGUCAAACCGCAUUUUGGGAUAUUGCAGCUGAAAGCACAUGAGUGUUCUCAUUUGGUACGCCAGUAGGAGGUAAGGGCUUUUCAGACAGUUAAGUUCUGAUGCUCUUAUUCUCUCUACGGUACAUGCACCAUGGAGCAUAUGGCCCUUAAUGUGGAGUCAGCGGCUUGAGGCAAGACAUUGCGUCAGCAAGAUGGAGCAGCAUCCCUAGGACAGUUAUUGCGCAAAGCUUCAAGCUGUAAUGACUGUAUGGCCCACAUGCCAACAAUGUGAGCCAGGCCUGGCUUACCUGGCCAGGUAAAUGGAUUACCAAACAAUUCUCACUUUGCCAAAACCAUGCAACAAAUAUGAACGUAUAGAAUAUAAUGAAGUUCUUUAUUGUUUUUAGACUCGAAAGCAAUAUUAACUCUGCAGCCUAUAAAAGCAAAUAGGAAGUGUACAAGGAAAAAAAAAGCAAAGCACAAAAUAAUGCACUUACAUUGAUGUUUUUUUUUUUACAUAAAAUGCACUGGGAAGAAGCAGAUGUUGAUAUAAAAUACCUAUAUUUCUUGAAAAGGUGACAUUAAUUACUGCCUCUUGCUAUGAUGCUUGGUACUGUAAUGUUGUUGAUAUUCACCUGCUGUUGACUGCAGCAAUAAUUUGUGUAUGGUCCAUAGCACUGUAAAUUAUGGAUCGAUAGUAAUGUAUCCCAUGAAAUACUUUGAACUGUUGUUCUUGAUAGAUGGAUUAAAGCAUUUGGUUUUUCACA